AUGAUUGUUAAUAGUAAAAUUUUUCAGGAAGGUGAUAUAGGUGGUGAUAAUGGUAAUGGCGGUGGUGAGGAUACAUUAAGUGGCAGUGAAAAUAGUAAAAGGUGUAAAAGAGAAGGUGAAUAUAAAUCACUUGAAAAAAUUCCCCUACCAUCACUGUAUCGUCAGGAUGAAACAACCGCAUUUACAACAGCUGUAUCAUCACAACGAGAAAAUUACAUUGAA